AUGGAAGGAAAGGGAUGUUAUAUAUCCAGGUGCAUAGAGGACAGUAGCGAGAUAAAGCAGGUUAAAAUGAAACUGUGUACGAUUAUCUUCGGUUUAUUAGUAGCAUGUGUGGCGAGCUUGGCUGCUGAACACGGUCCCCUACUGACCGCCUUACAGCCUGAGGACGAUUAUGGUGUCAGAGAAGUUGUUGUUGUGGACCCUCAGACGAGACAAAAGAGGAGUCUGCUUCUUGGUGCUGGUGUUCUCGGCGCCGGUGCUCUUGGGGUUGGAGCCCUCGGGCUGGGUGCUGGUCUAGUCGGUGCCGGUCUCAUUGGAGCUAAAGCUGGCUUUAUCGGUGGUGCGCUAGCUGGCAAGGCGUUCAGCGGCAGGGGUUAUGGCGGACACGGCGGUGGCUACGGCUACGGCGGUGGAUACGGCUACGGCGGUGGUUACGGCUACGGCGGCGGUUACUAUGGUGGUGGUUACGGUGGCUACGGAGGCGGCUAUGGUGGCUACAGGAGAACCUACAUCAUUGAAGACCCCUACUGUAACUACUGA